GCCCCGCCGCUCGGGUUGGGCCCCGGGGCUGAGCGGCUCCUCCUUUCUGGCGUCUCUUCUGGAGGGAGGUUCCAGGGAAGAUCCCAACUGUGACAGAAGAUCCACUAGUCCCACGGAGACAGGAAGACCCGCCAGAGCCAUGCCUCAGUACUCAGACCUGGAGAAGGCCAUCAACAUGCUGGUCACCCAGUUCCACUCUGCUUCAGGUGACAACGGUUCCACACUAAAACCCGAGGAAUUCAAAGGUCUUUUGUCCUCUCAAAUGCCCAACCUGGUGCAGGGCAUCGGCAGCGAGCAGGGGCUGAAGGACAUCAUGCAGAAGAUGGGCGUCGGUGACGGCGAAGGAAUCUCUUUCAAACAUUUCUGGAACCUGAUCCAGAACGUCGCCACCUCGCAGCACGGCGCUCUCAGCAGCCAGAUGGGCUCGUCCUGCAACUGCAUCCUCCUGUGAAAGGCUGGCUGUCCACCCGGCACCAGCACGGCUCCAACUCACCGUUUAAUUUCACAAUCAAAUAUAUGCAUUACUCUCCCAGUUAUAUAUAUCCAUCAGAAUACGAAAGUACAAAGUGUAUUCUGCAGUAAAGUGUUUCCAACCUGGCUAUUAUCCCUCUUCUGUCAGUGUCCGGAGCUUGGCAACAAACAUCAUCACACGGCCAGAGCUGCACUUGUUUACGGUAGUUUAUGAUCCCAAUAGAAGGCAGGAUCCACGGCCCCGAGCUUAACCCCCCCACCCCGUUGUCUCCCACUUUCUUUCUUUUUCCUGUGUGAGUGUCAAUGACAGCUGAACAAUU